CUUGUCCUCGACGCCCAUCUCUCCAGACUCAGGCUUCAGCUCCAGGCAUUGUCCCCCUUUUUUCUGGGCGCAAGAAGCCUCGGACUAGCCAUGUAUGAAUCAAGUCGCCGCUCGACGAUGCAGCCUGCAGUCGACCCUCAUAACAAUGCCCGCUCUCACCUCCCCGUCCCGUCCACGGUCAAGAAACCAACACAUACCGGUCGAAUGUCGUUCGCUGGACCGGCUAUGAGGGGUCCUUACCCAGUCAUGAGUCAGGUACCAGGGACAAAUCCAAGACAAUCCAUGAUGCGCUCGCAGAAUGUCAAUCCGUUACUCCAAAGCGCAAGCAAGCCCAACUUCGGUCGCACACCUCUGCACAGUAGUACACGAAGAGGAUCCAUGUGGGUCGGAGGUUCUCAAGCUUCAGCUCCCUCCGGGAGUCAGGCCACCAAGGACACUCGUCCUCUGCGAGAUCGACAAUUCCAAGCGAAGAUGCGACAGGAUAUCGUCACCUGGCUCUUGGACAAUGGAAAGAACUACUCGCCGCAAGUAUUGCAGACGAUUACGAGCAAAGACUUCCGCGCCGUCUUUCAGGAUCUCGUGAACCUGCUUGAUCCAGAGUGGCCGUUCACGGAGCAGAAGUUCGAGGAGCAGUUUGUUCAAUCUCUGCGAGCUCUACGAUACCCAUACCUAGGUCAGCUCGAUGUCAGGACCUUGACGACUCCUGCGGCAAUGCAUUCAUGGCCACUGUUGCUGGGGGUGCUUCAUUGGUUAUCUGAGAUGGGCAGGGCUCGAACACGCUACCUCGAAAGCAGAGACCUAACACUACAAGACUCGAGUCUCGUACCCGACGAAUUCGAGGAUAUCAAUCAUCACCAAGCUCUCGCAUUGGACCACUGUACGCUAGCAUAUGGGAUGUUUCUGGAAGGCAAGGACGUAUUCCCGGAAGAGGAGAAGAUACUCGAAGCACGAUAUGCGAGGAAGGACGAGAGGGUUGUGGCUCAGCUUGAACAACAGAGGGAAGAUCUACAACGUGCGCAAUUCGAGCUGGAAGCCUUGGAAAAGGCGCCGGCACCCAUUGAAGAACUCAAGAAAGACCAUGGGUUCAUAACGCGGGACAAAGCAAAGUUCGAAGAGAUUCUACGGCGAUGUGAGUCCAAGAAGAAGAAACUCCUCGACACUCUGGCGCGAGAGAAAGCUGAUAUAGCAUAUCGGGUCUCCAACUUGGAAGAAAUACAGGCGGAAGAAGCAAGGUUGGCAGAGGUCGUGAGGGAACAGAACCUUUCUCCAGAGGAGGUGAUCCGCAUGAACACCGAACAUGAGACUCUCACUCGUGAUCUUGAGACCCUCAAGCACAAGAUUGCAGAGACAAACCAGGUCCUGGUGAAGCUCGAGGUAUCGCUCACGAGGAAGGUGUCGGAUGCAGAGGAAGCCUUGGACAUGUACGCCAACCUCUUGGCGAACCUUGGUUUAUUCCCGCCCCUGCCCCCUCCCCUCGAGGGCACCAAUUUGACGCUGGACCUCAAUUCAGCGGCGGCUAAUCCACAGCAUCUGCUCUCGGGGGCAGACAUUCGGAGGGUCAUCAAGCCAACUCUGAGCCGCGUCGCCGAAAUGAAGCGCACAGAGCGUGCGGACGUCGAGAGCGAGCGGAUCAAAGUGGAUAAUGAACUCGACCAGCUGACGCUUGAGUGCGAGAACAUGGACGAGGAGGUGCUGGAGAUCAGUAACAAGGUCAAUGCGCUCAACGACCAGGCAGACGAAUUACGAGAGGCUGCUCAACAAGAGGCACUAGUGAGCAACGCAGAGGCGACUCGGUUGGAACGAGAUCUUGCACAGGCCAGGACUUCCGCCCUCGCUAACGGCGUCGGUGUCAAAUCCCGCCUACAAACUCUACAGAUCGCCCACCGCGAACAAAUGGACAAGGUCAAUCGUCUUAAGGACGAAACGAUGCGGGCGAUCAUCAAGAAUAGCAGUGAUAUCGUUAUGUUCAAGGAGGAGGUCUCCAAGCAGCUCAAGCACCUCAGAGAUUUCGCCGAGGCCAACUAAGCUCGUACACAUCUGACGCUGCGUCGCAGCCUCGCGCCCAUCGCCCUCCCAGCGGUAUAUCCUUGCCUUAAGCCCGGUGGCAUCGUGCGCUCGACAACUCCGUAAGGGUGGAAUCGAUGGGAGUAUAAACCCCCACGAUCGCCGAAAGUCUGUCCGAGGAUAUUGCAGCUGAUUCGCCAACCGAGGACUCUCCGUCGCAGAAGCCUGCUCGUUGUCUUCUCAAUAUCCGCUCUGACCCUGGGCCCCACUCUGGAACAGACUCGAUUCGUCAUGAAUGAUUCUACCUACGGUUGCGAUGAAGCC